CAGGGGAGCGCCACUCAACUUCCAUUUGUCAAACGAGGCUGACUAGCAAUGGUCAAAGCUGAGCACUACUUGAGCCAAUAACUCUACCAUCUCUACCACCACCAACAAACAUCGUCAACAUGGUGUUAUCUACUGACAACUCUGCCAACAACAUGACUGAGGCCAGACUGAGCAGUGUGCUGGCAGAGGCCUCCAGGGUCGCCUCUGAGGCAGCCAAGAAGAACCUCGACUUCCAGACUCGCAGCCUCACUGUCAUUCAUGGCAAACUCUCCGACCUGAAGCCCAAGGUGCGGACGUUCGUGGAGGAGAGCGCCAGACUUUGUCGACCAGAGAACGUGCACAUCUGUGAUGGCAGUGAACGUGAGCUGCGCCACCUGUUGAACGUGAUGCAACAAGCGGGCAUGAUCGAGCAUCUGCCCAAGUACAAGAACUGCUGGUUGGCUCGCACUGACCCCGGAGAUGUUGCUCGCGUGGAAAGCAAAACGUUCAUUGUGACCAAAAACCGAAGAGACACCAUUCCUACCCCUAAGGAAGGCGUCAAGGGCCUUCUGGGCAACUGGAUGUCUUAUGAGGAUCUGAAAAGCGCCGUCCAGGAACGUUUCCCCGGCUGUAUGUCUGGCAGGACCAUGUAUGUCGUGCCUUACUCCAUGGGACCCGUAGGUUCAUCGCUCUCCAAGAUCGGCGUUGAGGUCACAGACUCUCCCUAUGUUGUGGCCUCUAUGCGCACCAUGACGCGGAUGGGCGGUAAGGUGCUGGAAACUCUGGAUCAAGAAGAUUUCGUCAAGUGCCUUCACUCAGUUGGUUGUCCACUGCCCCUCAAGAAGACUCUUGUUAACAACUGGCCCUGUGACCCCGCCCGAACCAUCGUCACCCACGUCCCCGACACUAACGAGAUCGUUUCCUUUGGCUCGGGUUACGGAGGCAACUCGUUACUGGGCAAAAAGUGUUUUGCUCUGCGCAUUGGUUCCAACAUUGCCAGACGUGAAGGUUGGUUGGCUGAACACAUGCUCAUCCUGGGCAUCACCAACCCUGAGGGCAUCAAGAAGUACAUUGCUGCCGCUUUCCCCUCUGCCUGUGGCAAGACCAACUUGGCUAUGAUGACACCGUCUCUGCCCGGCUACAAAGUAGAGUGCGUGGGUGAUGAUAUCGCUUGGAUGAAAUUUGACGAGGAUGGUGUCUUGCGUGCCAUCAACCCUGAAAAUGGCUUCUUUGGCGUGGCUCCCGGCACCUCCAUGCACACUAAUCCUGUAGCCAUGAAGACGGUUCUCUCCAACACACUCUUCACCAAUGUUGCCAAGACGAGUGAUGGAGGUGUGUUCUGGGAGGGCCUGGAGAAGGAGAUUGACAACGACGUCACCAUCACAUCCUGGCUGGGAGAUACAAAUUGGAGUAAAGAAUCUGGCAAGCCAGCCGCUCACCCCAACUCCAGAUUCUGCACCCCAGCCGGCCAGUGUCCCAUCAUUGACCCCGCCUGGGAAGAUCCUAAGGGCGUACCCAUCUCUGCCAUUCUCUUCGGUGGAAGACGUCCUCAAGGUGUGCCCUUGGUGUACGAGGCCUUCAACUGGAAGCACGGCGUCAUGGUGGGAGGAAGCAUGAGAUCCGAGGCGACGGCAGCAGCUGAACACAAGGGUAAGGUCAUCAUGCACGACCCCUUCGCCAUGAGACCAUUCUUCGGUUACAACUUCGGUCACUACCUUCAACACUGGCUGAGUAUGGAGACCCGCACAGACAAGCCUCUUCCCAAGAUCUUCCACGUCAACUGGUUCCGCAAGAGUGAAAAGGGACGCUUCAUCUGGCCAGGUUUCGGGGACAAUGUGCGCGUCUUGGACUGGAUCCUGAAGCGUGUUGACGGUGAGGACGUGGCAGAAGAGAGCGCCGUAGGACUCCUGCCAAAGGCGUCCUCCAUCAACAUGGAUGGCCUGGAACACGAGAACGUUGAUAUGGAUGAGCUGUUCAGCCUUCCUAAGGAGUUCUGGGAGCAGGAAGUGCGCGACAUCGCUAAGUACUUUGACGAACAAGUUGGCGACGAUGUGCCUAACGAGGUGCGGGAACAACUCAAGAUGUUGGGGAAGAGAAUCGAGAAAAUGUAAACAUUUUGAAGAUAGUGCAGCUGGAGUCACGAAGCUGCGAGCUUCUGUAGAGACAAUCAUUUUAUUCAAUGGCAAUGCUAGUCGGACUCGACUUACCCACCGAGGACACUCCACAUACGGUUUCUUAUAAAUACUUCUCUUGUUGAAGCCAUCAGUGUAUUGUCUCGGUCUAUUUCAUGAUGCUGUCUGAAGGCUUCCUCGUAAUAUUGACUUAAGGUGGUCAGCCUCUAGGGGUUUCUUCGCAUAUCAAUGGAUUGCACAUUUACCUCAUUAUCAAAUGGCACUUUUAAUGCUACUUUAGCGUUAAAUCACUUCUUUCCCUCAGCUGUGCUGGUGGAUUCUUUGCGUGGGUUUUACUGCGCUUGGUCUUCUGUAUAUGUGAUAUAUUUCUAUCCUUUUAAGGACAAAAUACAUUAUGAUAUUUUUUAUACAUGUCAA